AAACAGAGACAAAUACGAUGGGCUGGGCAUACAACACAACAGACGACACAAAAAGAGACAAAAGCAAACUCUCAACAAACCUCUCUCUAUCUAAACCCUCUCGUCUCUGAUUCCAAUCCUCUCUUUCUUCUUCGUUUUCCUUCGGACUCCAUUGACAUUGCUUCGAUUUCACGACAUACGCUCACAGCUCUCGCGCAACUAUACACAGGACUACUGAUUUAGGUUUCUCUGUGGCUCUGUGGUUUCUGAGCUCGUCAACUCGAGUAUUUUGGUUUUGCGGAUGAUGUGCGUCUCUCUGAAGUUUAAUGGUCCUAUUUUGGUGCUUUUUUUUUUAACCUGACUUGUAAAAUUAGGGUUUGUGCGUGUGAUUGGAUGAGAUUGGAGAGGGGUUGAUAUCUAGUGAUAAGGCUGCGAAGCUUGACAUGAGGGAGGGGUUGAGAUCUAGUGAUGUGGGUGUGAAGCUAGAAAAUGAUCAAGUGGACGUGGAAAAUAAUGUCGAUUCAGGUCCAAUGGAGGGUGUUGGAGUCAUAGACAAUGUUGAUGAUGAGAAGAAAGGGACAGAUUUAGUUUCAGAUGAUGUGGAUUUUGUUAAAGAUUCAUUGGUUUCUUUUACAGACGGAAAAAUUGAGGGUCAGUCUGAACAUAUGGAAUGUGAAAAUGCUGUUGGUGUCAAUGUCGGUGUUAAUUCUGAUACACCAAGGCCAAAAGCUGGGAGAGGGCGGCCGAGGAAGAAAAGAAAAAUGGUGGAGGAUGGUUAUAAUAAUGAGAAAGAUAAAGUUGAUUUGGCUCUGAAGAAGGGCGAUGAAACCACCAACACCAGUGAUAACGAGCAACAAGGACAGGUUCCAGUUUCGUCCGCUCCAGAGUCCGUUGAAAAAUCAUUGGCUUAUUCCCUACAGCGAAAAACGGAAGACCACAGAAAUGGGCCUGAGGACUCUGAACAUGUCGAAUGCAAUGAAGCUGCCAAUGUUAAUGGUCAUGGUGAAACCCACACAGGUAGGCCUAAGAUUGGGAGAGGUCGAAGGGGGAGGAAAAGAAAAAUUGUGGAGAGUUCUGUGGCCAAUGGGGAUGAUGCUGCACAGAAAAAGGAGGUUAAUAAGAUGUCUUUGGAUGGUAAGGAUGAGUUUAUUGGUCGGAUAUUGAGGUCAAGGACAAUGGCGAUGAGUGGUGGUGACAAGGUGGUUGAUGAUUCACUGACGGGAGGUGUUGUAGGUGAUAAAAGGAAGAAGGAAAGUGAUGAUUCAAACCAAAAAAUCAUUGAAAUUGACAAAAAUAAAAGUGCUCCGUUAAUUGGCAGGCGAAAGAAAAAGAUAAAAGGGCGUCGAGGGAGACCCCCCAAGGUGCAGGGGGGAUGUGACGAUUCAAACAAAAGAAUCAUUGAAAUUGAAACAGACAAAAGUGCCCCAUUAAUUGGCAGGAGAAAGAAAAAAGUAAAAGGGCGUCGAGGGAGGCCCCCCAAGGUGCAGGGGGAAAGUGGGCUGUUUAAGGUUAUUGGUUGUGACAACCAGAAGGAAACAGGGUCCAGGAAAAACAGUGAUCAACCAAAGGCCAAAGAAGUCAUUAGGGGUUCCAAGUUUGUAGACAGCAGAAAGCACAGCAGACUUGCCAGUCGGUUGUGUCAUUCUGGUGAGAAAAUCAUUGUAAAAAAUUUGAGAAGGAAUAAGCACAAGGAAGGGGGAGAACUGGGGACGGGAAGAGCAACAGAAAAGAAGUUACUGAGAGAGCGAAUAAUGGCUAUGCUUAAGAGUGCUGGCUGGACAAUUGAAUACAGGCCCAGGUUGAGCAAGGAGUACAAUGAUGCUGUGUAUGUCAGUCCAGAAGGACAUGGUUAUUGGUCAGUCACAAAGGCUUACAGAAUUCUUGAACAAGAAGUUGAAAAUGGUGAUGCUGAUAUCAGGGCUGUUUCUUCAUUUUCUCCAAUACCAGAGGAGGAAUUCAGCAAACUAUUCAGGGUAACGAAGAAAAGGAAAUGGAUGUUAGAAAAGAAAUUGAAGGGUGAAAAUAAGAAAAAUGAAGGAAUCACUCAAAAGAAGUUGAAGAAGAAGCAUGCUACAGACAAAAUAGGUGUCUCAAGGUACAAGCAUAAAGAAACACUGGGUGCCAAGUCAUGGAACAGAAGGAUAAAACGGAAAUCAUCAGAUUGUGAACAAGGUGAUUCAGCUAAUAAAUUGCCGAGGGGAGUGCGGAUACCAAAUCGGGGGGAGAGGAAAAAUAGAAAGAGAUGUGCUUUGUUGGUUCGUGACUCAAAGAAGGGGUUGAAUCCUGAUAGCAAAGGCUUUGUACUGUAUGGUGGGAAACGCAGCCUUCUUUCCUGGAUGAUUGAUUUGGGAACUGUUCCGCUCAGUGGGAAGGUUCAAUAUAUGAACCAUAGUAGUGGAGAAUUGAUUGAUGGCAGGAUAACUAGAGAUGGCAUUCAAUGUGGCUGCUGCAAUGAAACCCUCAAUGUUUCAGAUUUUGAGUAUCAUGCUGGAAGUAAACUCAGUCAGCCAUUUCAAAAUAUAUAUUUAGAGUCUGGAAGUUCCCUUUUGCAGUGCCUACUAGACUCAUGGAGUAAACAUGAGGGGUCUGAACCUAUUAAAUUCCAUUCGGUUGAUGUUGAUGGUGAUGAUCCAAAUGAUGAUACUUGCAACAUGUGCGGAGAUGGUGGGGACUUGAUCUGUUGUGAUAGUUGUCCAUCAACUUUCCAUCAAAGUUGCUUAAAUAUCCAAGUAUGAUUGCAAUGCCCCUUCUUUAUAU